UAGCUGCCGAGUCUACUACUACUUUAAAGCAUCCACCCGGUAUCCACCAUGGGCGCCGACCAAUCCAGACCUUCCGACGACGACUCUGUCAACGAGAAACUCAUCCAACGCCUGCAAGCCCUCAACAUGAAGGACGAGAAGUACUUUCGCGAGAGGGACGAGUACGUUGUCAUCGGCGAGGAAGAAGCCCCUCCCCAAUACACGCCCCGCGUCAAGUACCAGGCAAAUGUCUCCAUCAAGUCGGUUGCCCAGUGGGAGGAGGAGCUCAUGGCCGACCCAAAGAACCGCCUCGCCCUCUCCGCCCUCAGCACAAACCCGGCCAGCGCCGUUCUCUCGUCACGCGCCACCGUCAUCGCCGACACGCACCGCUUCAACAUCAAGAUCCCCACCGAGGGCUCGCCCGUCACAAACCAGGCCUCGUCGGGGCGGUGCUGGCUGUUUGCCUCGACCAAUGUCUUCCGCAUCGCCAUCAUGAAGCGGUACAAGCUCUCCGACUUCCAGCUGUCCCAGGCCUAUCUCUUCUACUGGGACAAGAUGGAAAAGGCAAACUACUUUCUCGAGAGCAUCCUCGACACCAAGCACGACGAGAUUGACAGCCGCAUCGUACAGGCCCUCAUGGCCAGCCCCGUCGGCGACGGCGGCCAGUGGGACAUGGUUGCAAACCUUGUGCAAAAGUAUGGUCUCGUGCCCCACUCGCUGUACCCCGACUCGUACAACGCAUCCAACUCGUCCAUCAUGGACCGCCUGAUUACCACCAAGCUGCGCGAGGAUGCCGUCCGCCUGCGUGCCAUUGCCUCGACGCCCAUGUCGCCCGAAGCCAUGAAGGCCACACUUGCGAGCGAAAAGGAAAAGAUGCUCCGUGAGAUCCAUCUCAUCCUGACGCUGAUGCUGGGUCCUCCGCCGUCAGCCGCCAAGCCCUUCACGUGGGAAUACUACGACAAGGACGGCAGGCUCUCGACGGUGCGCUCAACACCCAUUGAAUUCGCCAGCGAGCUGUCCGAGCACCGCGUGGUCCGCGCACUAUCCGGGACCGACGUGCACACGCUCUUUUCGCUGGUCAACGACCCACGCAACCCCUACAACCGCCUGCUCAGCGUCAAGCGCCUGGGCAAUGUCUGGAACGGCCGCCCGGUAACGUACGUGAACGUCGACAUGAAGACCAUCAAGGAGGCCUGCAUCGCCAUGCUGAAACGCGGCAUGCCCGUCUUCUUUGGCUCCGACGUGGGCAAGUACUCGGACUCGUCCAAGGGCAUCAUGGACACGGAGCUGUUCGACUACGAGCUCGGCUUCAACAUCAAGCUGGGCCUGACAAAGGCCGAGCGUCUGCAGACGGGAGAGAGCCAGAUGACGCACGCCAUGGUCCUGACUGCGGUGCAUGUCGUCGACGGCAAGCCGGUUCGCUGGCGCGUCGAGAACUCGUGGAGCGACCGCGUGGGAGACAAGGGAUACUUUGUCAUGAGCGAUGCCUGGAUGGAUGAAUUUGUCUACCAGGCCGUCGUUGACCCGAGCGUCGUCAGCUCGUCGGUCAGGAAGGUAUUGGAGCAGCAGCCCAAGAUGCUGGAGCUGUGGGAUCCCAUGGGCGCACUGGCUUAGACUUUUAGACCUUUUGUAUUUUUCUAUGACAUUAUGAAGACUGCC